UACAGUGGGAGGGGACUGGCACUUGUCUUUGAACGCGGUUCACUGAUUUCAGACAGUGUGACUGCACCUACCGGCUCAUCUGCACCUCCACUCCGGCAUCACCAGCAGCUGUCAGCUACUUCAACAUGAAGAUCUGGGCAUCAGAGCACAUAUUCAACCAUCCUUGGGAGACGGUAACCAAGGCUGCCAUGCAGAAAUAUCCAAACCCCAUGAACCCCAGUGUGAUCGGCGUGGACGUGUUGGACAGAGACAUCGACAAAAAGGGACGCCUCCACAGCAAAAGACUGCUCAGCACAGAGUGGGGCCUUCCAUCCAUAGUGAAAUCUAUCAUUGGAAACUCGCGAACAUACACAUAUGUUCAGGAGCACUCAGUUGUGGAUCCCAUAGAGAAGAUUUUUGAACUUCAGUCCUCAAAUAUCACUUUCACAAACAUGGUGUCUGUGGAUGAGAAGUUAACGUACAAGCCACACCCUGAGGAUAAAGACAAAACAAUCCUGACCCAGGAGGCGAUCAUCUCUGUGAAAGGAGUGAGUCUCAGCAGUUACUUGGAGGGAGUAAUGGCGAGCACAAUCUCUGCUAACGCUGGAAAGGGCCGUGAAGCCAUGGAGUGGGUAAUCAGGCGACUGAAUGCAGAGAUCGAGGAGCUGGCAGCUACAGCACGCGGAACCAUGCGGACCCCCAUGGCUGCUGCGGUCACUGAGAAAUGACACCUGCCUCUCUUUUCCAUCAGGGUCUGAGAAAAAAAACUGCACACCAGUACGACCAGUCUCCCUUUAUGAUGCUCUGAUGCUGUUUUUUGGUGCUCUGGAGUUUUUUGUAUUAUUUGAGGGUACAAUUCAUCCAUCUCACAUACGUUUACUAUCUACAUUAGAUAUAUUUUUGACAGCAGAAUGCAACAUAAAGGGAUACUGUGUUGGUGACUCCUUGCAAGACCGCAGUGAUGAGAGACUGGGGUACGAGUUGAAACACCACUAUUAUCUGUGGGUUUGGAAACAUGUAGCAAAGAGGUAUCUGAAGCACUGAAUGAACUGAGAACAUAAGAAAAGUGCCAAAGCAGACACACGGCUUUUGUUCAGCACCUUCGCAAAAAUACCUCAGAAGUCUCCUCUGGCAUGAACUCUGUUUGUACAACGUCAGAGUUAUAAGAAUAGUGAGAUGUACUGUGAAGGAAAUGCCUGUUAAGACACAAUGGCAGAAAACGAUGCCUUGUUGAGGCAGGACAAUGCAUGCCAAGGGUAUAUGGAAGUAGGUUUCAGGUGUCAGGCAGUAAAUGGAUUUGGUUAACAGAGCCAUCGACAGUGACAUGUCAAUGAAAUGUGAAGCGCCAGGUUUUUUUUGGUUAGAAAGAGAGAAGGAAAGAGAGUUGUUUAACUGUUUUUGCGGGACCUCAUUACCAACAAGACACUACACCAGGCGACGUAUGUAAGCCUAAAUAUGAACUGUUUUUUGUUUUUAUGUGAAAACCCAUGUUUGUAUUUAAGUGAAACGAAGGGAUCAAUGUAUUUGCCAUAUUUAUGUUUUCAAAGUAAUAUAGAAGACCUUCUCAAAUGCUGCUUUAGUUACACUUUGACAUAAACAGUCUGAUGUGUGACCUUUAGUUUAGUUUUACUUUAUCUGAACGUGACGGUUUUAUCAAUGUGCACAAGACUGCUGUUCCUCAGUUAGAACUAAGGUUGUCACGUUACCAGGAUUUUACACUUUGAUACAAC